AUGACAGCCACGCCCGCCACCUCAAAUAAACCUCGCCGCCCCAACAAUUGGAUUUCCUCAAGUUGCGGCAACGUCUACUACCGGCCGCGCGGCAAAGACAAAAAGGCGCCCGCUCCUGGUCUUUUCCCACGACCUCUGAUCGAGCCUCGCAGGUCCAGGCCGCACGCCAUCCACAUUGUCACGUAUCCUCCAGGCUACGUCCCCCCCGAGCUUCGCCCUGCGCCAGAGUCGGCCUGGUCGCGCAGAAACAAGGUUCGAGCCGCCCGAAAAGCGCGCCACGGCGACGCUUCCAAUUCCUCGGAGCAGCCGUCCAGGAGACGCCGUUCAGAGCGAUCGCCCACUCGCACGCCCGUCCUCGACAAGCUUUUAAGCCAAAUCUCCUCCAGUAGCAGCAAGCUGCAAACUCACGCGCAAAAACGGUUGUCUGUCUUGUCCACCCCGGACUCGCCCAUUGCCGAUCCUGCAACAAGCCCCAACAGUCAGACAGGGGUCCAGCCGCCCGCACAUGCUGGUGACGUUAUCCGUCCAGCGCCGGAAUCCAUCAACACCCAAAUAGACACACAGCCUCCCACACCAUCACCACACUCAUCAGCAUCGACGCUUCCUAAUUAUUCGCCCAUCUCGCCUGCUUCGACGAGCCCGGCGACCGCAUCGCAUACUGCCCGGCCCCAACGUGCCGCCACUGACACAGCUCUAGUUGCGCCGAGAUUAUCGACACAGGCAGGCCACCCUGCCAACGCCCACCGGCGUCACAGCAUGAUGUCUGCACGCAAUGCCGCCAAGUCGAGCGUCACCUCCUUUGUCACUGAGCUGCCCAAGCCCGUGGCUUCGGGGAGUGGCGUCUCGUGCUCUAUCCUCCUUGCCGAGCCCAAUCUGUUCCUCGCAGGUUUCGACCACGAUGGAUCCGCCCAUCGCAACGGCCACUCCGGCACAGCCCUCCUCCGUGGAAAGCUGCAACUGAAUGUCAGCAAGAACGUUAAGCUCAAGGCCGUUCAGCUGAAACUCGUCGGCCGUGCACGAACCGAAUGGCCCGAGGGCAUCCCGCCGCUGAAGCAGGACCUUUUUGAAGAGCAAGGCCUGCGAACACAAGUUUUGACAUUUUUCAACGCCAUGUACGACGGGUGGGAGUCGGAGUACGGAAACCAGUGCUCCUACACGCUCAAGGGAGAGGCUGCCUCGAAUAACUCGACCUAUCUCGUAGUGUCCACCCCCGGUCAGAAUGGCGCGAGAGGCGCCAACCAAACUCCCAAGGAGUUGAAGCGACUUUCAUUACAAAACGCCCAGUCUCGAAGCUUUGGCAAGGGUGAGAGCCCCGUGUCGACGACGACCCAAGCUAAGGGCUUCAAGAUCUUCCAUCCCGGUACUUACGAUUACUCUUUCGAGCUGCCCAUCGACCAUAACCAGUUGGAGACUAUCAACCUGCAAUACGGAUCAGUAAGAUGGGAGCUCCAUGCCACUAUUGACCGUGCCGGCGCUUUCAAGCCCAACCUGCACGGCAUAAAGGAAGUGUCAAUUAUCCGAGUGCCUGAUCAAAUGUCUCUCGAGAUGACGGAGCCCAUAUCCAUUAGUCGGCAAUGGGAGGACCAGCUUCACUACGACAUCAUUAUUUCUGGGAAAAGUUUCCCAAUUGGAGGCAGGAUCCCUAUUGCAUUCAAACUAACUCCUCUGGCCAAGGUUCAAGUCCACAAGUUGAAAGUUUACUUGACCGAGUCUAUUGAAUACUGGACCAACGAUCGACGAGUAACACGAAAGGACCCCGGACGAAAGGUUUUGCUUCUUGAGAAGAGCGCCGGCAAGCCCUUGGCCGAGAACUGGGCCUCAUCAGAUAUCAGAGCCACUCGUGGUGGUGAGCUGUCACCGGAACAGAGGGCUGCUGCCAGAGAGCAAGCUACUCGAAGGCGUAUGCAGGAGGCAUCUAGGCGUGGCGUGGCCCCUGAGCCGCUACCACAGCCCGCUGAGAACCUCCUCGGAGACCUGGAUCUUGGACUCGAGAACUUGUGGGGAUCAACCGAAAUUGAGGCCAAUGUCCAAAUCCCUACCUGCCAGAUGAUGGCUCGGAACAGGGAAUUGAGGCUCAACGCUGACUGCAGCUGGAAGAAUGUCAAUGUGUAUCAUUGGAUCAAGGUCGUCAUGCGCAUCAGCCGUCUUGACCCGGAGGACCCAACAGGGACGAAGAGACGCCACUUUGAGAUCAGUAUCGACUCGCCAUUCACGGUCCUCAAUUGCAGGGCGACACAAGCCAACACCAACCUCCCGGCUUACACUGGUAACGAGCACCAGCCAAUGACAUGCCAGACUUCCUGCGGAUGCCCAGAUGCCCAGAGCGUCCCUACAGAGCUGCCCCAAGAAGCCCCAACCACUCUGGUUGGUGCAGGUCGCAGCGCGGAAGAUCUUCCUAUGCCGCCUCAAGCUGCCCGUCUUGCCAAUGGUGCAGCAAACCCGGCUAGCCAACAGCAGGGUUCCCCAACCAUGCCUCAGGGUGCCUGCACCCGCGGAGCUCGCCCAAUGCACCUUAUCCGAGCUCCCAGCUUCUGCCCGCCUGAUAUUGAAGACGACGAGUCUCCGCCACCACUGACUCCUCUUAUGAUCAACACCGACAUUCCUGCUUUUGUCCCAAGCUUGACAAGCCCUCCACCUCAGUAUGAUGUUGUGGUUGGGACACCAAGCGUCGAUGGUAUGGCGGAUUACUUCACCCGCCUGGCACACUACGGAUUCGAAGACCACGACUCGUCUGGAUCAGACGAUGACACCACUCCGCCAAGAAUCUUGGAUCGAUCUGGACGUGUCAAUGUGGCUCAUCCCCGAAGCCCUAUCGGACGGAUGCCCAGCAGGAGUAUGGAAUUGUCUCGCCCGAAUCUAGGGCUGAAUAUUGCAAACAUUGCCACAUGA